UCCGGAUAUGACGAAUGUCUUGCCUUUAUAACCUCGUGGCCACACGGAGCACGUGCUGUUUCUUCGCUGGAGGUUUGUGGAUUGUUAACACAUACAGUCUAUGACCGGGGCUUUCUAAAAUAUUGGACGAAAUGUAUAAGUCCUGCGAGUGGGUGCCGCCUAUCCUGCAGCUCAUAGCAAAGGAACGUGACUUUAGUCCAGAGAAGUUUAGCUGCAGUGUUUGCUCGGAGGUGCUGAAGGAUCCCGCCACUAUCCCUUGUGGCCAUACUUUUUGUGCCCAGUGCGUUACGACCCACUGGGACAGAGAGGACUGUCGGUCUUGGCACACCUGCCCCCAGUGCCUGGAGGAGUUCUGGCCGAGGCCCGUCCUGAUUAGAAACACCACGCUGGAAGACGAGAUCAAGGCAGUGCGGGACAAAGCGGCAGCAUUUGUUUACGCGCAACCGGGAGACGCAGCGUGCGACAUGUGCCCCAGAAAGAAACGAAAAGCUGUUUCCGCGUGCAUGGGCUGUCGGAUAUCAUACUGUGAAAGCCACAUCUGGGACCACUAUAAUGGGAAAGACGCGUACAAAACGCACACGUUAGUGAAGCCAGGUAUAAAUCUAAAGGACAACGUCUGCCCUAUCCACCACCAGUAUGUAACCAAGUACUGCUGUACAGACAACCACAUGGUCUGCCCCACCUGCGCAACCAGACAACAUGAAGGCCAUAAAAUAACCUCCACUAGAACUGAAAUGAAGCGGAGGAAGGCAGUGAUGCUUUCAGAGGAGGAGCGUUUAGAGGCCCAAUUGCUGCACCACCAGGAGGUGCGGAAGAAGAUUGAAAAGAUGAUUGAUGGUCUGACUUCCAGGGCAGACAGUGAGGGGCAGUUAAGAUCAGUGCGGUUCUUGUGGUUAAUCCAGCUGAUGCAGAGACGACAGUACGAGGUGGAGGAUGAGAUCACGAUGCACAAGAGAUCACUCCAAAAGCUUGAGGACCAUGUGGAGCAGGAACUGUCUGAGCUGAGGAGGCAGCAGGUUGAAUUGGAUUCUCUGUCUCUGACACAGGACCCAGCUCAGUUCUUACUAAAGUAUCACCAGCUCUCUGAGCUGAAGGAGAAUCCUCAUUUUGUCAGUGACCAUUUACCUCCUUGUUUUAUUUUUAAGCUCAUGGAAGCUCUGAUUGACAUCCCCCUUAGACUCUCCAACUGCACAAACUUGGGACUUGCUAUGACCCAGAACCCACUGCUGGGGCAACAGCCCAUCACCAGAGAGCAGUAUCUGAACUACGCAGUUAACAUCAGCCUGGACCCUAACACUGCACACAGACGACUGGUACUAUCAGAGGAGAACUGCAAAAUCAGUGUGGUUAAGCAGGAGCAGGACUAUCCUGCCCAUCCUGCCCGCUUUAGUCAUGUUCUACAGGCCUUGAGCAACCAAGAGUUAACAGGACGGCGCUACUUUGAAGUGCAGUGGCAGAAACAACCAAAGUUUUUAGGAUUUACAUACAAGAAGAUUGGAAGAAAGGGAAAACGAGACGAUUGUAUCCUGGGAAUGAAUGAUAAGUCAUGGGCUUUGCAUUUUUACCAUUCGAAGACCUCCCUGUGGCACAAUGGAGAAGAGGUGGAAAUUAUGAGUUUUUACAAAGUGAACAGAGUAGGAGUAUAUCUAGACCAGACGGCAGGGAACAUCUCCUUUUAUGAUGUUGAUCAAGAGAUGUGCCAGCUUGCUAAAGUCCAGACUGUCUUUCAAAAGCCGGUGUAUGUGGCAGCCAGAUUUACUGAAAAGAAGAACUCUCUUGAGUUUGUGAAACUAAAGUAAUUGCAGCUCUCGGGGCCAACAAAAUGUACCACCUAAACCUCUUUAGGUUGCAAGAUUACAUUUGAUUUUCUAAAUUUGGUUUUGAUUGCUCAAAAAACUCUGCCUCUUCAAAGUCGACCUCAGCCCAUUCAAUCCAUCUAGUUUUUCAUUGUUUCUAUGUUAUGUUUUUGUAAUCGCUAUUUUAAUUGAAUUUAAUUUGGUUUUGUUUACUUGAAUGUAUUCUAAUACUUGUUAUCACAUCUUGUCAAAAAUAAACACAUUUGAUUUUAAUU